UGUUUGGGACGAUUGAAUCAGCCCACGGACGCAGGGGGUCACUGCAAGGUUUGUGUGAAAAUGAUGUAAAUAAAGUGCUGCCAUCCACUACUGUCAUCCAGACACCAGCUACGCUCAUCUCCUUUGGAAGGGUGAUUGUCCUCGAGAGCAAUUCCAGAGACUUGAUGAAUCUGUGCCCAAGCGCCUUAAAGCUGUUCUGCCAGACUGAGGUGAAAAUGAGGAAAAACAAAGGGAAAACAAACACAACUGAAAAAGAGUUUGUAUUUGAGUACAAGGCAGGCAGGAAUCACUGCGUCCUCAAAGUGCCCCUUCAGUUUCCCAUUCAAGAAAAUGUCAGUGAUCUUCAUGGGAGACUCAUGCUGCUUCAUAAAAUCCCGUGCUUUGUUGAAAAUGAGUUGAAGAGCAGACUACUGGCCUUCAUUGAGCGAGAGACGUUAGAAGAUUACGACCGGGAUGCUGAGGCAGCACUGCAGAGGCUCACCAGUGGAGAAGUUGAUAUCAAUAAAUUGACCAACUUGUGGGCGAAGGCGUACACUGAGACGACAUUGGAGCAUGCCCGGCCAGAAGAGCCUAGCUGGGACGAGGACUUUGCAGAUGUUUACCACGAGCUGAUCCACUCUCCAGCCUCAGAAACACUGCUCAACCUGGAGCACAACUACUACGUCAGUGUGUCCGAGCUCAUCAGCGAGAGGGACAUGGAGCUGAAGAAACUUCAGGAGAGACAGGCAGUAGAAAUGGACAAAGUCAUGCAGGAGCUGGGAAAGACAUUGACUGACCAUGAUGUCAAUACUGUAGCAGCGCAGCACUUUGAUGCUCAGCAGGUGUUGGAGAAUAAGUGGGCCAGUGAGCUGAAGCAGGUGACGGGUAUCCAGAAGCAGGAGUACCAGGAAUGGGUGAUCAAACUGCACCAGGACCUCCACAACCCCAACAACAGCACGAUCAAUGAGGAGAUUAAGGUGCAGUCUGGGCAGCUGGCGGAGGCCGGGGAGAUGGGGGCCAGACUCUUCGAGGAGCAGCGACAGCUGGAGGAGAGCUUCACGAUUCACUUAGGAGCUCAGCUGAAGACCAUGCACAACCUUCGGCUGGUACGUGCCAACGUGCUGGACUUCUGCAAGCAUCGCCGACAUGGCAGUGGUGGCGCUAAGCUUCGCCGGCUGCAGACGGCUCUGUCACUGUACUCGGUUUCUCUCUGUGGCCUUGUCUUGCUCGUCGACAACAGGGUUAAUUCCUACAGCGGCAUUAAGAGAGAUUUUGCCACAGUGUCCAAGGAGUGCACGGAUUUCCAUUUCCCCCGGCUGUCUGAGCAGCUUGAAGUGGUCCAGCAGGUGGUGCUAUAUGCACGGGCCCAGCGCAGCAGCAAGCAGAGGGAGCAGCCGGAGAUGCCGAGAAAUGGAAGCAGUGAUGAUAAAAGCAAGAACUUGGAACGGAACUCCUCAAACAUCCUUCCUGGUGAAUUCUACAUCACUCGGCAUUCCAACCUGUCGGAGGUUCAUAUAGUCUUCCAUCUGUGCGUGGACGACAACAUGCGUUCCGGGAACCUCACGGCCCGAGACCCAGCCAUCAUGGGUUUGCGCAACAUCCUGAAAGUGUGCUGCACACAUGAUAUCACCACCAUUACCAUCCCACUGCUGCUCGUGCAUGAUAUGUCUGAGGAGAUGACCAUUCCCUGGUGUCUAAAGCGAGCUGAGCUGGUCUUUAAAUGUGUGAAAGGAUUCAUGAUGGAAAUGGCUUCAUGGGAUGGAGGGAUCUCACGGACGGUCCAGUUCCUUGUCCCACAGAGUAUCUCAGAGGAAAUGUUCUACCAGCUGAGCAACAUGCUGCCUCAGAUCUUCAGAGUCUCCUCCACGCUCACGCUGACGUCCAAACGCUGACCGUGCCAAACACUCAGCUCUGAGAAGAUUCUCUUUGAGCAGCACUUCUAUUUCCCAUACCUCAGAAGGACAGGUGCAGGAUGUCUCAUCUUCUGUUGAAUUGCAGUGCAGGGGUAGGAGGCUUAGCUUGACAAGUGAACAUCACAGUUCACGUUUGUUAACCAUCAUUGUUCAGUAAUUGCAUCUAAAACUUUUCAAAACUCAAUCCUUUCAUUCAAGAUCCUGUCCAGCACAUUCCAUGCUUUAUUCUUACAUGACCUUACUGAAGACCCAGCCUGCUCUGGGUGUGUUUGUAUGGGUGGAUUAGAAUGCCAUUUAGUAUAGUACAGAUAGAGCCAGUAUAGAGCCAGUAUAGGUUAAAAGAAUGAGGUGUCUUCGAGUUUCCUUUUCAGCCAUGUUCAUCAAGGAUUGACAUCAGUAACGGCCUCUGGAUGCAAAAGCAUCGACCUGGGACCAAAGCUUUGAUCAUCUUAGUUUAUUUGGGUCAUUAUUUUUUUUAUGUAUAUAUGAAUAGCAUAUAAUUAAGGCAAUGAUAUAGAAAUGUCAUGUAUGUAUGUAUGUGUGUGUGUGUGUGUGUGUGUGUGUGUGUGUAUAUAUAUAUAUAAACACAUCGUUUUAAUACAAAAGCUAGAGGGGCCCAUAUAGAAAACCUUUCUAAUGCAACCAUGACUCACAUAGUGCCUCACAAUUAAUAGAUAAACAAGGCAAAAGUCCAAGAAACCUCCCAAAUAAACAAUGUAGUGUAACGAAUUCCUGCAAGUCAUCAUUACUGUUAGAGAGGACUGAAAUAAUUCUCCCUGCUCUGUAAUAAUGACUGGCUCUUUUAUGGCUUUUUGGAAAGCAGACUCCGAUUCAUGCUUGAAAUAACUUCCAUGAAUAACUUCAUCAGGGCAGGAACUUUAGGGGUCUUUUCCUCCCCCCAGGGAAGGUAAUUAAAACAUGAAAUGUUAAAGCUGUCAUUGAAGUCAUGUAGAGUCUGUCAUAACGAUCUGUGAUCUUAAAAAAGUGAGUGGCUGUCCAGCAUAGCAGCACAUGACCCGUCAAGAAUAUUUGAAGUAUUCAGUUUGUGAGCUGAUUGUGAGUCACUUCCACAGUCAAGCUGAUGUCCAAGCGCUGACCAAACCCCACACAGGGCUCUGAGAUGCAGCACCUCAAAUAAGCAGCAUACAGGGAGUCCCAUUCUAUUAUUAUCAUUAUUUUAUUGAACUGAAGUGCAGUUCAAUACAAUUUGGCAAUAAUCACUUGCUAUUGUUAAGAGACCAUCAGUAGUGACCAUAAUACAUGUUAUUGUGUCUAAAGCAGCUCUUGCGCUCUUCAUUUCACGCUAUAUUCUUACAUGAUCUUGUGAAGACCCAACCUGUUUGACAGAAUGAAUUAUCUGUCUUUCUUUCUCGACCAUGAACUCUGCUGUGGAGGGCCAGCGCAAUUUGGUCCGUUCAGUGUGCGAAUGAAUACAUGGGCCUGUCUUUAACACACUAACUUAUUAGCAAAGGGAAAAUAUGUAUGUAAUAUGAGCUCAUAUUAUCAGUGUAAGUGCAAGUGAUUAGUCUUGUACUCUCUGUGAUGACACAGUUUUUCUGAGUGCUGCAUUGCAGUCAGUCACUCCUGGCACCCUGUGUCACCCCUCUGUGUAUUGACCACCAGAGGGUGCAGUUCUAGUAUGCAGUAACAGUAUCUCUGGAUGGGAAGUCCAGUGUAUCCAGAGUUGCUGAGCUCAAAUGUCAAGUGACACCAACCAUGUGAGUGGUGUAAGUGAUUUACCAUGUGUUUUUAUAAUAUGUGCCAAUUAAAGUCCUCACUUAUUGUAAUGGCUGA